AGAGAGAGAGAGAGAGAUGUCAGUCAAAAUCGUGUACAGUAAACGGUAACAGUGAUCAACCGGUCAACAUUUUAUUAAUUCCUCUACACUCCGGUGGAAAAAUUCGGGAUAAAACAUUCGGGGCUAGAUUAAAAUCAUCCGGGGCUCGAGCCCAAUGAUUAGCCCUAGCGACACCCCUGUGUGUGUUGUAUUAUGAAUUUCCUCGGGACUGUAGGAAGAGGAAUUUAGGUUACACCCAUACGGAUAUCCGGAGACUAUCGGAGGCUGUAGUGUUACAGAUGUUAUGUUGGUGUAAAUCUUGAAAAUUGUGGAAUGCCGAGCCACAUUUACUCCAGCUUUUUACUAAAGUUUAUUCAUGGAAUUAGUUGUUUGUUUAUCCCCUUUUUUCGGGUAAAGUCUACACUGUAAAAUGGACGAUGACAGGAAUAAUGGAAGUUCUGUUUUUUCUCACGCUUUCUGUCCAUCUUUCAUCAUCAGACACACACUCUCUGCAGUUCCUCUACACCAACUACACACCAGGAACAAAUUUCCCAGAAUUCACUGCUGUGGGUCUGGUGGAUGGACAGCAGUUUGUAUAUUAUGACAGUAACAACAGGAAGAUGAUCCCAAAGACAGAGUGGAUACAGAAGAUCAGUGCUGAUGAUCCAGAUUACUGGAACAGAGAGACAGAGCGACUGCAGUAUGAUCAGGAAGAUAUCCGUCAACUUUUGUAUACAGUAAUGAAAAACGAUCACAAUAAAGGAAGUCACACAUUACAGAGGAUGUACGGCUGUGAGCUUCAUGAUGACAGCAGCACUAGAGGAUAUGAUCAGUACGGUUAUGAUGGAGAAGAUUUCAUCAGUCUGAAUCUGACAACUGGAACCUGGACUGCAGAUAAUGAUGAAGCUGAGGUCACCAAGAACAUGUGGGAUAAUGAUCCUGGAUUUACUAUGGACCAGAGAAACUACCUGGAGAAGGAGUGUAUCGAAUGGUUAGAGAAGUUUGUGACUUAUGGCAGAGAGACUCUGGAGAGGAAAGUUCCUCCUACAGCAUCAGUGAUCCAGAAACACUCGCCUUCUCCAGAGGUGGUGUGUCACGCUACAGGUUUCUUCCCCAAAGCAGUGAAUAUCACCUGGAGGAAGGACGGAGAGGACGUGAACGAGGACGUGGAGCUCAGAGAGACGUUACCCAACCAGGAUGGAAGCUUCCAGAAGAGAAGCAUUCUGAAAGUCCCAGCUGAUGAUCUGCAGAAACACACCUACACCUGCGUGAUUCAGCACAGCAGCUUGAAGGAGGAGUUAGUGCUAGAAGUACCAAAAGGUGGAGGACGGAUACUUAUCAUCCUUACUCUAGUCAUUGCUCUCAUUGCCGUUGCUGCUGGAAUUAUCAUGGACAGAGAAAGGGCAAUGCAGGGGAGGUUCAUACAACAUUUUAAUUAUGCAAAUUUUGGCUAACUUUAAGGGGCAGUGCCCCAGCGCCCCUAUUGACCGGCUGCCACUGCACUGAACUCUACAAGUCUCUGACACAUGCAAAAAAAAACGCUCUAAAGCACAUAAGCCUUCAGAAAUAAUGACACCAAACAUUUCUACACACAAACAAGUUCAAAACCGUUCAAUAAACAGUGAUAGCCUAAAAGUAUUCAGUCAAACAGGCUACAACACUGAGUGCAGGUUUAGUUUUUUUUUUUAAGAUUAUCCUAAAUCUGUGUAUUUAUUAAAAUAAAGUCAGUCUUUUGUGA